UGGAUAGCAGCGUACUGACAGCUGAAUCAUCACAGUCUGUCAGUUUCAUUUCCACACUUGUAUUAUAACCCCACAUGGUUCCUGUCAGCCAUUGCACUCAUCAUUAAACUGGUUUUAGGUCCAUCAUGAAGGAUUUAAUGCCGCUAAUGUCUUUGAGAAAUUGCUAUGACAGAAGCAAACAUUUGCCAUGGUGUCUUUGACUGUACAGCAAGUCACGAUGAUAGUGAAAAAAAAACAUUUAUUUAGUAAAUGGAAACACACUGAAAUUAAAAUACACUUAGGGAGUGGAAAUGAGUAGUUGCAUUUAUGUACAGCAGGUGGCAUACUUCUCUUUUUUUAUACAUAUAAAUCCCAGAACAUUUCAUUCCACUUUUAAAUUACUUUAUUUACUUGUAUCAAACCAUAUUAAGGUUAAUUAUUAUGAUUUUUGCGAAUAAAUGUUAGUAACAAAUGCUUUUUUUUUUUUUUUUUAAUUAAGCCACUCCUCUGUAGGGUGGUUUUCGUGAGCGCAUCUGUUUACUUUCACAGCGGCUGGGAACAGGGACAAUGGUUUCAGACGCAAACCAGCUCGACUGGUUUUUCAGUUUCUGUUCCUGUUUUAUGACCUCCCUAGACAAAUAUCCCUGCCUAUCUCUCUCUCUCUCUGUUUUUCUUUUAUUUCUGGUCUAUCAUGAUUCUCAGAAAACAGCCGGCGUUAGUUUGGGCCCUCCCCUUCCCUGACCAAAUAUGGUGUAUUUCGUGUAAUUCCUCAAAAUGGUUGAUCUACUUUAACAUGACAUUUUCACGGCAGUAAAUUAAGAUCAAAUUCAUCCUCUUUCAGACUUAGGAGGUUAGAUUUCACAUUUGUUUCUCUUUUGUUCUAAAAUAACGUUGAAACAAAUUAAAGGACUGCUUUAAAAAUGGGAAUGUGGUCAAGCUUUAUGUGGUCGGAUUCUGUAACUUUAUGCUCUUUUAAAAAUUCUGUUACUUCAAGAAUGUAAUAAUGAAAACUCAGAGGAGGUAUGUAAAUUUUUUUAAGUUCACUCCGAUCAUCCUUGAUCUAUUUUCAAAGCAUUUCCAGGUGUCCUUCAUUUAUGUUGAAACAGUUUUUAGCCAAAAUAAUAAUACAUUUAAAAAAAAAAGUUGUUUUCUAGCACAAUAAGCCAAAUAAGGUUUAUUAACAUACUUACUAAGAUUCAUUGCCAUCUAAAGUGAGACCAUUGUUUACAAAGGCCAUAUUAAUAAACUGCUUAAAAAAUAUAUUAACUAUCUUUAUUAACAUUAUAUGGAGUGUUUUGCAGCACCUCAUCUAAAUUUUUACCAAAAGCUUAAAUUUCUUUGUCCUCCGUCAUCAGAAAAAUACCACAAAAACACGUUAAAAAGACAAUUUACAUUGAAGUGGGACUUCAAGGUGACAAAAUUUGCUCGCUCUGGGUUCUCCUAAUUCGGGGAUAUAGGCAGCUCCAGGCCUCAAAGGACGCUGUGUCUGCAUGAUUUAUAGAUUUCCAAGCCCUCCUUAUGACUGAUUACCUGGUUCAGGUGAGUCCAGCCAAUCAGAACAUGCCAGGGAAGGAUAUAUUGGAAAACGUGCAGAAAUGCAACCCCUGUAGUUGCCUAUCUCCGUUCGAGUUACUUUAUUACAGAAAUAACUUAAAUACAAGUGAAUGUGAGUACUUGACAAACAAGCAGACAUAUGUUGACAACUGUACGACAUCACUUUCAUUUUUAGAUGAGGAAAAACCAGAAAGUUUUCCUUGUUUUUUUUGUCAUGGAGAGCUUGCAGGUUUUGUGUCUCCAAACCAGCUUGAUGGCAUAACUUGCAUGUUAGUUCUAUCGGACAAUCUUCAGUUUUUACUGUAGCCACAGUGAAAGCUUUUCUUUAGAUGUAAGGAGUAAGGCGAGCUGUCACUUCUUCCAACCAUGAAGGUCAAAGUGGAAAUCUUAGCGUUGGUUCUGGGUGUCGUUAGCCUGGUUGGGACCAUAGCAAUCACCGCUUUACCCACAUGGAAGGUUUCUGCUUUCAUUGGUGCCAAUCUCAUCGUCAUGGAGGAACUCCAGGAAGGAUUGUGGAUGACUUGCUACAGACACGCCAACUUCAGAAUGCAGUGCAAGGCCUACGACUCGCUGCUGAUUCUCCCCGGGGAGCUGCAGGCAGGCCGGGGGCUGAUGUGCCUCUCCAUAGCGCUGGUUAUUUUUGCCAUAAUCGUCAUGACUUGCGGGCUGAAAGAGACCUCUUGCUGCCGUGACAGUAUUAAGAAAAAGAACAUCGUGCUGGCCAUUGGAGGAAGUUUGUAUUUGGUUUCUUGUUUGACCACACUCAUCCCUGUGUGCUGGGUGAGCCACUCCAUCAUCAGUGACUUCUACAAUCCCACAAUGGGGGACGGUCAGAGACGGGAGCUCGGGUCAGCCAUCUACAUCGGGUGGGCCACUUCACUGCUCCUGCUGAUCACUGGAGUCAUCCUCCUGAUCCGAUGCAGCAAACGGACAACACAGGAAGAGGAGUACUACUAUGAAGAUGACCUUCCAGAGGGGAGGGAUGUCCAAGAGAAGAGGAGCAUCUCACUAGCAAGGAUAACAUCCAGUGUUCAAGAAUAUGUCUAAUGAUGGUGCUGCUCUGCAGUAAGUCUGAAACAUUUAGGGUUCAAAACAGAAGAAUUUAACUUUAAAUCCCUCCAGAAACAACACUUUCUUUCAUUUUGUCUUUUGUAAUCCGUUAACACUCAAACCAUUUUUGUGAGAUCUAAUAGAUGAUGAAAUCAAGCAAACAAUGAUGGACAUGUAUUCACUCAGGAAGUUAUGUUUUCGUUUCAUUGUAUUUUAAUUUAUGCCUGAUUCUUAUGUAACAUCCCUUAUAAUGAGACACUCAUUUAUCCCAUAAUGAAAGCUAAAGCUCUUCCAUCCUGAUAUACCACUUUUACAGACACAAAUAUGUAAGAAUGCACGUGUGUGCAAACCGCACACCUGCUACAGUGACAAAAGGGGAAAAGGAACAGGAAUUGUUGAAAAUACAAAAUAAAUCAGAAAAAAAAUUCCCUUUACUUUGUGAAGUAAGAUGGUGAUUUGUGUUUUGAUUGUCAUCAAAAGAAAAAAGAGAAGUUAAAGUUUGAGAUCAUUUUCACUGUAAAGUUGUACAUUUGUGUGCAGUUUGUCCACAGAGAUGAUGACUGUCUUCCCUUUGUGAGGAUUGUAUUUCUUUUAAGUUGUUUUUUCUUUUUUUGUGGUGCUUGGUGUGUUCCUGCUAUCACAGUCCCACCAGAUUCCACUUGUUAAUCAUCCACAGCUGUCAUCAUUUAUGCUAAUUUUCCUCUGUGUUUCUGAGUGUCUGGUUUCCAACCUUGUAAGAUUGUUUACAUUGUCAUAUUUCGCUGGUU